GGGGGUGACACUCGGCGGGGGUGACACUCGGCGGGGUGACACUGAGACGCGGGGUGGGUGAGAGACGGCCGCUCGGCAUGGACGACGUUUCGCACCCGAGUCGGCCUGGCCACCCACACAGCCGCGGCGGCGUCAGCGAUCGCGAGGUGAGCCGCAGUGCCGGCUUCCGCGAUUCGGAGCGCCCCGAUGGUGGAGGAGGAUCGCGUGAGGAUGGUGGAGAGAGCGAGGGCACCGAGGGGCGGACGAUCGCUCACGAUGGAGGCGAUGGAGCUGAGGGGGACGAGGGCUGGGACACCGACCUGGAGGGUGAAGUGGGUGGCGCCGGUGCGCUGGGCGUGCACAUGGCGCGAGCGCAGUACGAGGAGGCGUGCCGCCAGCUGCGUCUCGUCCCCGUGUCGUUCUUCUCGCGACACAUGCACGAGGCGCAGCUCAGCCUUGCGCACCAUGGCCUGGGGCCCCAGGGCGUCCACGCCGUGUGCCUGUCGCUCGUCAGCAACACGUCACUGACAAGCCUGGACCUCCGGGACAACUGUGCGGGAGCGAUGGGCAGCGUCUACCUGGCGGACAUGCUGAGAGAGAACGUGUCCGUACAGAACCUGGACGUGCGGGACAAUGCUCUGGGCGACGCGGGAGGCACGGCACUGGCGCCCGUGCUGCUGGAGAACGCGACGCUGACGCGGCUCGUGCUGGACGGGAACCGCGUGGGCGACACCACGGGGGCCGCCCUUGCCACAGCCCUUGCCACCAACCACACGCUCUGCUCGCUCAGCCUCGCUCACAACCAGCUGGGGCGCGGGUCAGGUGAUUGGUUGCAGCUGCUGCUCAGCGAGAGCUCUGGCCUGAAGGAGCUCAACUUGAGCUGGAACGAGAUCCGAGGGCCAAGUGCGGUUGCCUUGGCGAAGGGGCUCUCCGCGAACGUGGUGCUGCGUGUGCUCGACGUGUCGAGCAAUGGCCUGGGCAAGGAGGGAGCGUCGGCACUGGGGGCAGCGCUCAAGACGAACGACGUCCUCGAGGAGCUCAACGUCAGUAACAAUCGCAUCAACCCCGAGGGCGCAGUCCUCCUCGCCAAGUGCCUGCAGCUCAACUCCACCCUGCGGACUCUCUCCAUGGGCAGGAACCCCAUGCAGUCAGCUGGGUGCUUUGCGAUCCUCACGGCCGCCAAGAACUCAUCGUGUGCGCUUGAGAGGUUGGACUUCACGGCAAUCCAUGUGAACGCUGAUUUUGAGGAGCUGCAUGAACAGGUGCGAGGAUUGAACCCGAAUCUUCACGUCAAACACGGAGGGCUCGUGCCUUCAAAGAGGCGGCCCAAGCCAAACCCCACCAGCAGCGCCACGACCGACGUCACUACCGACGUCACUACCGACAUCACAGUCGAUACAACGACCGACAUCACAACCGACACCACUACCAACAUCACUCCCGACAUCUCGACCGACAUCACGACCGAUACCACAACCACCGUUGUAUCCGCCGCAACCACGUAGCCACCACAACCACAACCGCCGUUACACUUCACACCACAGCUAGCGCAACACAUUCUCCAGCGGAGGGAGCUGGUAGGAACGUUGGGUUGCUCGGUCAAUGGCCAGGGUCAACGGCGGCACCACGUGGUGUAUUCCGCAAAUAUGCCCGACUGUGAGGGCGGGCA